ACUAUCGGUAUUGGAACGGGUGCCUUAGCAUAUUCCAUAAACUACUAUCGACGUUCUACAACACAUACCCUAAGAUUUUGGGUAUGUUCAAACUGAUCCAAUGAAUAGACUUAUUCCUUUAUCGAGCUACAGUGCUGCCAAAAGGUUACAGUUCAUACAAUCGCAUUUGACUGUGAUGAAUAGCGUAAGCACGAGUUCAACUUCUACCGCCGGUAUUAUCAUUAUCGGAGAUGAAAUUUUGAAAGGUCUAGUAGCUGAUACAAACACAAAUUUCAUUACACGAAAACUAUAUUCUUUAGGAGUUAAGGUACAAAAGAUAGCUGUAAUCCCGGAUGAUGUAGAUCUUAUAGCCAAAGAAGUUCGAGAUUUUUCGACUAAAUAUAAACACGUAAUUACUACUGGUGGUAUAGGGCCUACUCACGAUGACUUAACGUUUGAAGGAGUUGCUAAAGCUUUCAAUGAACAACUUUUCUAUCAUCCAAAAUUAGUCGAGGCCGUUCGUUUAGUAUUUGGAGAUUCCGAAGAGGAUACAGCGCAAAUGAAAAUGGCUCACGUGCCUUUUUCAUCUAAACUUCACUACGGUCCAAAUAACGAGUCACGUUAUCCAGUUGUCUCUGUUAGGAAUGUUUUUAUUCUUCCAGGAGUCCCAAAUAUUCUCAAAAGAAUAUUCAAAUAUAUUGAACCUCUUCUCAAAACCAAUAACGCUUUGAUUUUGGAACACGUGUACAUUAAAAAUGACGAAGUGUCCAUUACACCAGUUUUGAAUAAGAUAGAAGAAAAAUUCCGUCAAAAAGUUCUGAUUGGCUCAUACCCAGAUUUCAACAAUAGUUAUUACAAAGUUAAAUUGACACUGGAAUCGGUAAAUCAGAAAGAUAUAGAUGCGGUCAUUGACUUAUUGAAAAGUUCAUUAUCUGAGGAUGUGGUCAUUGACUAUGAUGAGUUUCCUAUUGAAAAUGCCGCAGAGAAAGUUAAUGUAUUAAGCAGAGAGGAUAGUCCUUUAGGUAAACGAGUUAAAAGUGCCAUGGAAGUAGUUGCAGAAUGUUAUCAAAGAUUCACGCCUAAUCAAGUUUUUCUAGGUUUCAAUGGAGGUAAAGACUGUACAGUUGUUUUACAUUUAGUCCAUGCUUAUUUAAAUCGACGCCUUCCGGCCAAUGGAGAAGCCUUAAAAAUCCUGUAUAUAAGAAGGGAUGCACCUUUUGUAGAGAUGGAGUCCUUUAUUGAAAGUACAAAAAAUAAAUAUAAGUUGAAUGUCAAUACCGCUGUUAGCAACAACAUAAAGGAUGCUCUGCAAGAGUUUACUCAAGAGAACUCGAGCAAUGCAGCUGUAAUAAUGGGUACACGCCGCACGGAUCCACACUGCGAAAAUUUGCACGAUUUUCAACAAACCGACCCAGGUUGGCCACAAUUAAUGCGAGUCAAUCCAAUAUUAAAUUGGACGUACAGCGAUGUUUGGGAGUUUAUUAGACGACUCAAUUUACCUUAUUGCACUUUAUACGACAAGGGCUAUACUUCUCUUGGAAGUAGUAAUAAUACUAUACCAAACCCAUUUUUGAAAAUGGGUAAUAUUUACUUACCAGCUUAUAAACUUGAAUCAGGAGAAAAUGAAAGAGCAGGAAGAAAUUCUUCUAUUUUAGGUAAUAAUACCAAUAUAUCUCCGUAA